AUGACUAAAUCCGCCUCCAAGCCUGUUGAGCUCACCCACAACUUCACUACUAAGUCUGGAAAACCUAUUACCCUUGGUACUGGAACUGGAACUAAAUGGCAGUGGCUCAAGAAAGGAAGACCUGAAGAAGAGCAGAACACUUUGACUACUGAAUUGGUAGAUCUGAUCUUAUUGGCUCUUGAAAAUGGGUAUAACCACAUCGACACUGCCGAGGUCUAUACUACCCAUCCCGAGGUUGCUGCUGCUGUCAAGAAAUCAGGAAUCGCCAGAGAAGACUUGUUCAUCACCACCAAGUAUACUCCAGGGUUCCGUACAUUCCCUGCAAUUUCUAGUGGUCCUACUGAGUUCAUUGAUAGAGCAUUGAAGGAAUUGGAAACGGAUUACGUAGAUUUGUUCUUGAUUCAUUCCCCUUUUUUUGAAGAAAAGGUCUCUAGAGGUCAGACCUUGGAGAGCGCCUGGGCUGAAGUCAUUGAUGCUAAAAAGGCGGGAAAGGUGAGACAUAUUGGUGUUUCAAACUUUUCGAAGGAACACUUGGAAAGGACGUUCAAAGUUGCUGGUAACCCUGACUUCUAUCCUAAAGUCAACCAGAUUGAAUUCCAUCCAUAUUUGCAGAACCAAUCGCCUGGCAUCAUCAAGUUUGCUCAGGAGAACGAUAUCUUGAUUGAAGCAUAUGGACCACUUAGUACAUUGUUCAGAAUCAAGCAGAAUGGUGUAGAUGUGGAGGACCAUCCUUUGAAGGAGCUCAUUCCUAAGUUGGCUGAAAAGUACGGCAAAACCGAUGCUCAGAUCUUAUUGAGGUACACGUUGCAAAAGAAGAUCUUACCCAUUACCACGUCAUCAAAACUCGACAGAAUUAGACAAUCAUUGGAGGUCUACAACUUUGAGAUUUCAGACGAAGACGUAGCUGAGAUCGACAAGACCGGCUCUAGCUACCAUUUCAGACAAUUCUUUGUAGAGGAGUAUGAUCAUUAG